AUGGAUGCGACAGAUGCUAACAAUGGCUUUCGACCAGCUCUCAUCGUAGUGGACAUGCAGGAGGACUUCUGCUAUCCGAAUCCUCUUGGUGUUCGCGGUGGACGUGAGCUUGUCCCGUUAAUAAACGAACUAAUUGGGUACCCCGGAUUCGUCCUCAGAAUUGCGACUCAAGAUUUUCACCCCGCGACCCACAUCUCCUUUGCUACAAACCACCCGGCACCGAAUAACAAACCAUUCGAGUCGUAUAUAACUAUGAAAAACCCCGCGCCAGGCAAGGAGUCUAUAACCAUGCCUCAGCGCCUGUGGCCCGUGCAUUGCGUGCAGCACACGCCCGGCGCGGAACUACUUCCUGGGAUUGAGAAGGAUAAAUUUGAUUUAAUAGUCAGGAAAGGGAUGGAUGAGAGGGUAGAGAUGUAUUCUGCGUUUGCGGAUGCGUUUGGGAACACGGACUGUGUGGCUUCCGGGGGUGCAAGCGCGGACCUAGAGACGGCGCUGAGGGAGAACCAGGUGACGGAUGUGUUUGUGGUGGGUGUCGCAGGGAGUUACUGCGUCAAGUUUACGGCUAUCGAUGCGAUGGAAAGGGGAUUCAAUGCCUACGUGAUUGAGGAGGGUACUAGGUGUGUUGAUGAGGGGGACGUGUGGAACGAGACGAAAGCCGAAUUGGCUGGUCACGGUGUUAAGGUUGUUCGGCUUGAUGGGCCAGAGGUUGGAAUGAUAAAAAGAAGUGUGUGA